CUUGUGUCUUAUUACUGGAUCAUCAUCGCGCUUGUGUUCGGACAAUAUUACAUAUAUUAAGAAUAGAGGCAGGAUCGAUGUCAGAGGCGCUGAUAGUGGGGAGAGUGAUAGACGAUGUUGUCGACUUCUUCACUCCAACUGUGAAAAUGUGUGUUGUUUAUGGAAAUAAGCAAGUUUGCAUUAAUGGAUAUGAGUUCUAUCCUUCUGCUGUUGCUUCCACUCCCAGGGUUCACAUUCAAGGAGGUGAUCUCAGAACUUCUUACACCUUGGUGAUGACUGACCCUGACGUUCCUGGGCCGAGUGAUCCAUAUCUCAGGGAACAUCUCCACUGGUUGGUGACAGACAUUCCAGGGACAACAGAUACCACAUUUGGAAAAGAGGUGGUGAGCUACGAGAAACCACGGCCUAACAUAGGAAUUCACAGGUUUGUGUUCCUUCUCUUCCAGCAGAGAGGCAGACAAACUGUGGUCAACCUCCCUGCAGCUUCCAGGGACUACUUCAACACUCGGCGCUUCGCGGCGGAGAAUGGGUUGGGCCUCCCUGUCGCGGCCGUCUUCUUCAAUGCACAGCGUGAGACCGCGGCCAGGAGGCGCUAAUUAUAUUAGGGAAAAUGCAAUUUAGUCUUCUCUAAUAUUGCAAAUGUGUAAAUUACCCUCUUAUAAAAAAAAUGAGUAAUUUACCUCCCUAUAUUUUUUUAAAAUGUAGCAAUAUACCCUUCUGUGCUUUUUAAAAUAAAGCAAUUUACCUCUCUAGACAGAAUGUAAAUUGCUUCAUUUUAAAAAACAUAGGGAGAUAAAUUACCAUUACUUUUUCAUAGAAGGUAAUUACUCAUUUACAAUGUUACGUGGGGUUAAAUUGCAUUUUACCUAAUUAUAUUAUAUUAUAUCAUAGCCCUCCACGAAAAUUGUAAUAAAUUGAUGGAUUAAGGGCCGGGUACGUAGCCGGUGUCCUGCAGCCUUAAUUCUCAUGAGAUCAUAUAUAAUGAUGAUGAUGAAGAAAGAAAUUUGAAGAAAGUGUAAUACAUAUGAAUUUGUGUCAGCUGGUUUCCACUAAAUUUAGAGAGUGGCCCUUUGAUGCUUUAGUUUCUUGUUUGAUAUAUAUAUAUAUAUAUAUAUAUAUAUAACCUUCCUCCACACCUACUGUCAAAU